AUGAUUUUGAAUCUUCUCAAGGGAACAGUCCUGGCCUUCCUGACUACACUUGGCACAGCAGGGAACACCUUUGUUUUUAUAAGUCAUGUACUCAUGUUUGGGGGCGCUGAGAAGAAAGCCACGCACCUUAUUCUCAUCCAUUUGGCCUUCACACAUAUCAUAAUGCUUCUGUCCAAAGGCAUGCCAAGCACAAUAGCUGCUUUUGGGGUGAGACACUUCCUCGAUGACACAGGCUGUAAGGUCGUGUGCUACCUGGAGCGGGUGGCCCGGGGCCUCUCCAUCUGCACCAGCAGUCUCCUCACGGUGGUCCAGGCCUUCACCGUGAGCCCCAGUCACUCCAGGUGCAGGAGGCCCAGGUCUGCGUGGUUCAUUCUUCUUUUGUUUCCCUUCCUCUGGAUAUUUAAUUUUUUGACCAACCUCACCUUACUCGUUUAUAUCAGAAGUACUAGUGAAAACACAUCACAAAUUAGCACAAGUGACUACUAUUGCUCUUUUCAGCCAGAAAAUCAGAAGGUAAGAUGGAUCAUACUUGGUACCAUGGCCUUCCGGGACGCUGUGUCUCAGGGCGUCAUGUGCGGCGCCAGUGGCUACAUGGUGCUUCUUCUCCAUCAGCACCACCAGCGUGUUCUCCAGCUGCGGAGCUCCAAGGUCCUCUGCAAAACUCCCGCCGAGGUCAAAGCUGCCCAAAGUGUUCUCCUUCUGAUGCUCUGUUUCCUCCUCUUUUAUUGGGCAGAUUGUGUUUGUAAUCUACUGAUUUCCAUGGUGGAGAAUAAUCUUAUAAUAAAUGUCCGAGAGUUUCUCACCCUUGGUUAUGCGAUUCUCAGCCCCUUUGUGUUGAUUCACAGGGAUGGACACGUGGCUGCGUGCCACUUCCCUCAGAGGGAGAGCGGGGCUUUCAGGAGAUAUUUAUUGCCUGCAGCUUUUCAGUAA